CAUGAAACUAGUAUAAUAAUAAUAAUCCAAGAUUACUUGUUCAUAUCUUUUGGGGCCUUAGAUAGAUAUUUUGGGGGUUAAAGCAAUUGCUUCACUUUCUUCCACCGGUUAACCCUACCGCCGCCCUUGUAGCCUGCAACGGCGUAUGCUUACUAGUGACGUUUUCUCUAACUUCAAUCUCCGGCUACUUAUCCAAAAGGCAGCGGCGGCGGUGUGUCAAUUUUUCUGACAUGGGAAUGAUGGAGAUAGAUGGACGUGAAACAAGUGUUGACGAUUUGGAGGAUUCAAUGAAGCAUCGAAGUAGCAAGGAUCGGAAAAGUAGCAGUAGUAAAAGAGAAAGAGAUCGAGAGAGUAAAGAGUCGGAGAAAUCUCGAGAUCGAAGAAAGGAGGAUAAAUAUGAACGUGAAAGGGAUAGAACAAAGGAUAAGGAUCGUAGAGAUCGCGGAAAAGACAAGGAACGAGACAGAGAUAAUGAGCCUUCACGAGAGAAGGAGAAGGAGAGGAGAAGCGACAAGGAUAAAGAGAAGAGAGAGAAGCACAGAGAUAGAGAAAGAGGUGGUAGAGAUGUAGUUGACAAAGAAAGGGAAAAGGAGAAGGAGAAAGGGGGAGCCGUGGAUGAGGAUAAGGAGAGGCGUAGUAGUCGUAGGCAGAGAGAUGAGGGACAUGAUAGGAGUAGUAAUAAGGAAAGGCGGAAGGAGGAAGAUUCUGAUUAUGAGAAUGUAGCAGCCAAGCAGGAAGUUGAUGAGGAUAAGGAGAGGCGUAGUAGUCGUAGGCAUCGAGAUGAGGGACAUGAUAGGAGUAAGGAAAGGCGGAAAGAUGAAGAUUCUGAUUAUGAGAAUGUAGCAGCUAAGCAGGAAGUUGAUGAGGACAAGGAGAGGCGUCGUAGUCGUAGGCAUCGAGAUGAGGGACAUGAUAGGAGUAGUAAUAAGGAAAGGCGUAAGGAGGAAGAUUCUGAUAAUGAAAAUGUAGCUGUUAAGAAGGAAGUUGUUGAUUCUCAUGACGAUGAAGAUAGGGGACAAAAUGGUGUAGAUGCAACUGGUGGAGCUGGAGCUCAAUCUUCGGCAGUGGAGCUACAGCAACGCAUUCUGAAGAUGAAGGAAGAGAGAUUGAAGAAAAAAUCAGAAGGUGCUUCUGAGGUGUUGGCGUGGGUUAGCAAGAGCCGUAAAAUUGAGGAGAUAAGGAAUGUGGAGAAGGAGAGAGCCUUACAGCUUUCGAAGAUUUUUGAAGAGCAGGACAAAAUGAAUGAUGAAGAAAGCGAUGAGGAGAACAAUGCUCGACUAGAUGCAAAAGAGCUAGGUGGGAUGAAAGUACUCCACGGUCUUGACAAAGUUGUCGAAGGUGGGGCUGUUGUCUUGACACUCAAAGAUCAGAGCAUACUUGCUGGUGAUGAUGUUAAUCAAGAGGUUGAUGUGCUUGAAAAUGUGGAGAUUGGAGAGCAGAAGCGAAGGGAUGACGCUUACAAGGCUGCAAAAAAGAAAACAGGGAUCUAUGAUGAUAAGUUCAAUGAUGAACCUGGUUCUGAAAGGAAAAUAUUACAAAAGUAUGAUGACCCAGCAGAAGAGGAGGGCGUUACUCUUGAUGCUACUGGAGGUUUCAACGCUGAUGCAGAGAAGAAACUGGAGGAGCUCCGGAGAAGGAUUCAGGGGCCUUCCUCGAUAAAUCGGAUGGAGGAUCUCAAUUCUUCAGGGAAAUUAUUGUCCGACUACUAUACUCAAGAGGAAAUGGUUCAAUUUAAGAAGCCCAAGAAGAAGAAAUCACUGAGGAAGAAAGAGAAGCUGGAUCUAGAUGCUCUUGAAGCGGAGGCCAAAUCCUCCGGAUCGGGGGCCAGUGAUCUUGGUUCUCGCAAUGAUAAGACAAGGCAGGUCCUUAAGGAGGAAAAGGAGAGAGCAGAGGCAGAGACAAGGAGCAACGCUUACCAGGCUGCUUAUGCCAAGGCUGAAGAGGCAUCCAAAGCACUUCGACCUGAGAAAACUAAUAACAACCAGAGAGAGGACGAUGAUGCAGUAUUUGAUGAUGAUGAUGAUGAGCUUAGAAAGUCCUUAGAAAGAGCCAGAAGGCUUGCUUUGAGAAAGCAAGAGGGCCUUGCCAAAACCUUUCCAGAGUCAAUUGCUUCACUUGCCACUUCCAGUGCAAAUGAGUCAACCUUGGAUAAUCCAAGUUCUGUAUCUGGAGAGGCACAGGAGAACAAGGUUGUUUUCACUGAGAUGGAAGAGUUUGUCUGGGGCCUUCAGCUUGAUGAAGAAGAACAAAAACCAGGUGGUAAUGAUGUCUUCAUGGAGGAAGAAGAGUUGCCAAAGCCCGCUGAUGAAGAAAUGAAGAAUGAGGAUGGUGGUUGGACCGAAGUGAAGGAAACCAAGGAAGAGGAGCCCUCUGUAAAGGAGGAGGAAAUGGAAGUAACUCCAGAUGAUACGAUACGUGAAGUUCCAGUUGGUAAGGGUUUAGCAGGAGUUCUCAAACUUCUGCAAGAGCGAGGUACACUCAAGGAAGAUAUUGAAUGGGGUGGUCGUAACAUGGACAAGAAGAAGAGCAAGCUCGUAGGCAUCCGUGGUGAGGAUGGGAAAAAGGAAAUAAACAUUGAAAGGACUGAUGAGUAUGGGCGAAUCCUGACUCCAAAGGAAGCUUUUCGGUUGCUUUCACAUAAAUUUCAUGGGAAGGGGCCUGGAAAGAUGAAGCAAGAAAAGCGUAUGCGGCAAUACCAGGAGGAGCUGAAGAUAAAACAAAUGAAAAAUUCAGAUACUCCAUCUCAGUCUGUGGAGAGGAUGAGAGAAACUCAGGCUCAAACAAGAACUCCAUAUAUUGUUCUCAGCGGACAUGUUAAACCAGGGCAAACUAGUGAUCCUAGAAGUGGUUUUGCUACUGUUGAGAAGGACUUUCCUGGAGGUCUGACCCCCAUGCUUGGCGAUAAGAAGGUUGAGCACUUUUUGGGCAUAAAACGCAAGUUUGAACAAGGAGAGGGGAGCUCACAAAAGAAGCCUAAAAAUUAAUUUUGUAUACUUAUCCCGUCAAGAUAUCCUUCUGCUUUAUGCACAAGCUCUUGUAAUUGUACAUAAACCGUGUCCAGGUUGACGUAAAAGUUUCAAUUGGUGAUGUAUCUAUUAAAUGGCAUAAUAACAUUUGAAAAUAGUUGUACUUCACAGCCAGUUGAACAAUGCUGCUGGUUGCGUUGAUCCCUUUCUGACCUUAAACGACUUGAAUAUUGUCUAUCACAGUUUUAAUCGUGCAUCAGUGUUUCAGCAAUUUUCUGUA